UUUGAAUAUUGGUAUCUGCUGACUUUCACUUGUUUCUUGAUUUGUUGGUAGCAUUUUGAUGGGACAAUUGCAUAUUUGAGUUGCAAUUAAAGCUAAACUAAAAUGAUUCUGUUUAUCAGUGUAUAUUUCAUGCUAUCAUCAUUAUUGGCCUUUGGUCAGGAUCUCCCUCCUUAUGAACCAUGUGACCUAGCAUACAGACUGGAGCAAAGGGGAGACUUCUGCUUCUGGCACAGUAGUAAUGACGGAGCGGUCGGCCAAAUGAACUUCUUUGAAGCAAACCAACAAUGCCAGCUUCGUGGGGCAAAACUAGCAACCCCAAAUACACAAGACAUCGCUGAAUGGUUCCAGUUAAGACAGGACGUAGUGGGGCGUCGGCAACGCGAUUACUGGAUUGGCGGACUUGAUGAGCCUUGGAGAAAUGGAAGCUAUUAUUGGCUGGAUGGCACGCCUUGGGAUCAAGCGCAUGCAAAUAACUUCUGGGCUGUGGGUGAACCAUCUGGGCCUCCAAAUCAUUGCAUAGCACUCGCGGGUAGAGAUGAAAUAGUCAAAGGGUAUUGGGACGAUAGACAUUGUUACAAUGACGAUCUUGAUUUCAUAUGUCAGAGAGAAAGGAGAAGAGUUUGUACAUGCUCAGAGAAUGAAUCUAAAUUUUGUGACAUUGGCUUUGGAUGUACCUCAUUCCGGGUAUGUGAGAGUGGACUCGUCAUUACUGUUCAAUGUGCACCUGGUGAGGUGGCCGACAGCGUCAACCAAACAUGUGCUCCAGCCAACGAGGUCCAAGCUCCGUGUGGACAACUGCGGUCUUGUGCAGGAUUUGGAAAUGCAUCCGUCCCAAUAUAUGACAAUAUGUGUCACACCUAUUAUCGAUGUGAAAACGACCAAUGGCAAGAAGAGCUAGAUUGCCCAGAAGGAGAAAUAUGGGACGAGAUCCGUCAGUCUUGCGAGUCUGUGGAAUCCACAUGCGAGCCAUGUGGGCACAGCAGUACGACACCAGAUGGCAGUCCAUGUCCUGGACCUAGGAUACCCAAUAUCAAACUCUAAGAUCAGAUUCAAGAUGUCAACUGUUGUUAGUUGAAUGGAUUCUUUGAUGGUCAUUUUCUUCAAAAUAAAUAACCAAAAUAGAUGGUCACGUGAUGAUUUUAGUUAAAUUUAGAUGAAAAUAACAUUUUUAUAAAUAUCAAUGCAAAACUGAUAGAGGUAUUGAUUUAAACAAACAGUGUGCAACGGAAUGAUCUACUCACCAGUAAUGUGGUCACAUUUGCUCCGAUCUUCA